CCCAGCCGGCAGCAUUCCGGCUCCGCAGCUCUCCUGUUACCCGGUUGCAGGCGCGCGGCUCGAGUGCCUACCCGGCUUGGCUUCUGCGUCUGACCUGGCCCCGGCCUCGGCACCGGCCUCAACCCGCCCCGGCCUCGCCCGCAGUCCACCGAACCCGAGGCCCAAACUGCCACCGGCCAAGCCCGCGGAGCUCCCGGGGCCGCGGCGGGAGGCCAUGCCGUGCCGGAGGGAGGAGGAAGAGGAAGCCGGCGAGGAAGCGGAGGGGGAGGAAGAGGAGGACGAGGGCAGCUUCCUCCUGCUGGAGCAGUCGGUGACGCUGGGCGGCUCGGGCGAGGUGGACCGGCUGGUGGCCCAGAUCGGAGAGACGCUGCAGCUGGACGCGGCCCAGGACAGCCCGGCCUCCCCGUGCGCGCCCGCCGGGCCGCCGCCGCCGCCGCAGCCCCCACGGCCCCCGGCGGGCAAGGCCCGGGCGCCCGGCGUUGCGCUGCCGCUGGCGUUGCCGCCGGUGUCGGCGGAGACUGUGGGCCCGGCGCCCCCGGGGGCUGUGCGCUGCGCGCUCGGGGACCGCGGCCGCGUGCGUGGCCGGGCUGCGCCCUACUGCGUGGCCGAGCUCGCCGCGGGCUCCAGCGCGCUGCCGGGCCCGUGCCGGCGAGGAUGGCUCCGAAGCGCCGCCACCUCCCGCCGCCUGCAGCAGCGACGAUGGCCCCAAGCCGGGGCCCGCGCCGGCGACGACGAUCCGCACCGGCUCCUUCAGCAGCUAGUGCUCUCGGGGAACCUCAUCAAGGAGGCCGUGCGGAGGCUCCAGCGUGCGGUGGCUGCAGUCGCAGCCACGGGCCCUGCCGGCGCCCCUGCUUCUGGGGGUGGCCGCAGCGGCCCGGAGCCUGUUGCGCUGCACCCCUCUCGCGCCUUUCUCUGAAGGCGUCCUGGAGGAAGCGGCAGCGGAGCCGACCCGACCACGUCCUGCUCUCGGCUACCCCGACCUGACGCCCCUCGAUCGGCGUCUUGGGAACCACCGCCUAGGCUGCGGAGAGGCACGUGGAAAUAUCUGAAGUCCAGGAGGAAUUGCCGUUCCUGGUUGGGCUGUGAAACAAAACUUAAGCGUAGAACAAUGCUCCUUGAGAAUUGGCCCGACCAUCGGGGCGGGGGACCUGGGACAACUGUGGCAGCUACUUGCAGCGACUCUACCUGACUUAGCCCUCAGGCCCGUCUGAGUGCUUGGACCGUGAGGGUUUAUCAGCAUACUUGAAAACUAAUGAUGCACAUCCAUCUUCUUAUUUUCCAGCGGUGGAGCUUACUGAACAUGGUGCUACAAUUGCGGUGCAAAGAAAUGCUGGGGCCAGGGCCGGGGCGUGAAAGGGCUGCGGGGUUAGGUUUGCAUUACCCUCCCCAAGCUCCUACUUUCUCUACUUCAUCGGUGACGGGGUGCGAGUUGUGGCCUCCACUUUAGGGGCUGUGCGAGAUGUGAAGUUUGAAUGUUGACUUUUAAGUGUCUGACCUUGCCACCUGCUGUUCAAGGUGACAGUUUGCCGUGAGUGGAAGGCUCUGGGACUUCGGAUUUCAACCCUGCGGGUCCCGUUCCUUUUCUUGCUGGGAGAGCCUGUGUCUGUGCGUUGCCGCUGCAGGGGCACAGGCAGAGGGGGCUGCGUGGGGCGUUGCGCACGUUUUCUGUGCUUUCUUUGUAGAACUCCACCUUGCCCAGUCAGGCUGCUCUGGGCCAUGCCAGGAGCUUUCUCAGAAACAGUUACUGACCGUCCUCUCCCAUCCUGCCAGCCGGCUUUCCUGGCUGGAGGGAUCCUGCUCUUUCUCGAAUGUGUUCCCACCCCUCUGGGCCUCGCUUGCCUUCCUGGCCUGGCUUGCCAGCUCCUUGUGUGUGAAGGAAGCUGUUUUCAAAUGUGACUGUCCCUGGAGGAGGAGAAGCCUUCCCUGUCUCUCCCCUGGUGAAACUUGAUGGCGGUGGCAGCACUUUGGUAAGGUGCCACCCCCCCACACACCUUAAGGUAGCUAAACCAGUUUUUUAAAACAUUCAAUGGCUUGGUCAUCCUUCAGAUGUAGCUAUUGACGUACACUUCGCAACGGAGUGUCUGAAAUUGUGGCGGUCCUGAUUUAUAGGAUUUCUUAAUUAAACUGUCUGCUGAAUAAAUUUGGUUUGUGUUUUGGA